AUGCCUACACAAACACCGCGGAGAAGACGAGACGACACACCUGAGGAAGAUGAGGACAUUGACAUGCUGACGAGGCAACACAACAUACUGGCAGUGCCCAUCAAGCGGCAAGACAUCAACGAGAAAGGUGAGAGCACGUUGAGUUUGACAGGUGCAGGACUGACAUGUCCAGUCCUCGGAUCACAUACACGACUCUUCAAGGAGGUCUUCAGUCGCGCCAAUGCCGAGCUGAUGGACGUCUUUGGCAUGCAGAUGGUUGAGCUGCCAAAAGCGGAAAGAGUGACCAUGCGACAGAAGCGCGCUGCCAAUGCAUCAAACUCACAGAGCACGUCGAGCAGCUUGUGGGUGUUGCAGACCAUCCUGCCUGAACAAUACCGCAUACCAGAGAUCAUCGGCCCCUCACGCCCAAUGCCAACCGACGAGAUCAACCGAGAGGACUCGUACGUUGGCUUGUAUACGUUGGCCAUCGCCCUGAUCACGAUAUCUGGGGGCAGGAUACCAGAGGGGAAGUUGGACCGCUCCUUGCGUCGCAUGAAUGCAGACCAGACCACCCCGCUGGGCACCAAAGACAAGACGCUUGCACUGAUGGUCAAGGACGGGUAUAUCGUCAAGGUCAAGGAUGAUACGACAGACGACGCCAUCGACUACAUUGUCGGGCCGCGUGGCAAGGUCGAGGUGGGACGAGACGGGUUUGCCAAAUUCGUGCGGGCGAUGUACGGCCAGGAAGGGGAGGAUGAAGAGCUGGAGAAGGCCAUCGAGAGGACGCUGAACGUCGCGGACGCCUUCAACAGUAGUGUAGCGCCUGCUGAAACCGGGGCGGGUGCAUCACAGGUAGCUGGGCGCAAGCGAGGGCGGCCGAGGCGCGAUGCGGAUGCGGAUGACGAGUGA